AAAAAACGAACCAAUAUUAAAUGGACACUGCAGAAAACAAACAGGAGAGAAACCGUAUAGAUGUAUGGAAUGCGGGAAAAGCUUCAGCGUGAGCAGUAGUCUUGCUACACAUCAAAGAACCCACACAGGCGAGAAACCAUAUACAUGCCUGGAGUGUGGGAAAAGUUUCAUUGACAGUGGGAGUCUUUGUGCACAUGCAAGAACCCACACAGGAGAGAAACCAUAUAAAUGCUUGGAAUGUGGUAAAUGCUUCAGUGUAAGUGGAAGUCUGGCUUCACAUCAAAGGACCCAUACAGGGGAGAAACCAUAUACAUGCCUGGAAUGUGGAAAAAGCUUCAGUGUGAGCGGUAGCCUUGCUUCACAUCAAAGAAUUCACACCGGGGAGAAGCCAUAUAAAUGCAUGGAGUGUGGAAAGAGCUUCACUGUAAGCAGUAGCCUUACUUUACAUUUAAGGACCCACACAGGGGAGAAACCAUAUGUAUGCAUGGAGUGUGGGAAAAGCUUUAACAAAAGUGGAAACCUUAAUACACACCGACAAACUCACAUGGGCGAAAAGCCAUAUAAAUGUUUGGAAUGUGGAAAGACCUUCAGUCAACAUCAACACCUCACUUCACACGUAAGAACCCACACAGGGGAAAAACCAUAUAAAUGUAUGGAGUGUGGAAUGAGCUUCAGUGAUGGUGGAAGUCUUACUGCUCACAAAAGAACCCACACAGGAGAAAAACCAUAUAAAUGCCUGGUAUGUGAAAAGACUUUCAGUCAGUGUGGAAACCUUACUGCACAUCAGAGAAUCCACACAGGAGAGAAACCGUAUCAAUGUAUGGAAUGUGGGAAAAGUUUCAGUGUGAGUGGAAGCCUUUCUGCACAUCAAAGAACCCACACAGGAGAGCAACCAUAUAAAUGUGUGGAGUGUGGAAGGAGCUUCAGCGUGAGCAGUAGUCUAACUUUACAUCAAAGAACUCACACAGGUGAGAAACCCUAUCAAUGUAAGGAGUGUGGGAAGAGGUUUAGCAAAAGCAGAAACCUUAAAAUACAUCAGAAAACCCACACAAUGAAGAAACCUGCCCAGUUGGUGUCCUUUGAAGCAGUGGCUGUGUAUUUCAGCAAGGGGGAGUGGGAUCUCCUGGGUCCAAGCCAAAGAGCUCUCUACAAGGAAGUCAUGCUGGAGAAUUAUGAGAGUGUGGCCUCUCCAGAAAUUCCUAAGCCAGUCCUCAUCUCCCGCCUGGAAGGAGGUGAAGAGCCAUUUUUCUGGAUCUGUGAGGAAGGAGAGAGAUUGGCAGGAGGUGAUCAGUACAACAGUGAAAACUAUAGUGAGUCAGCAGGAACAUGCAAGCAGAAAGCAGGAAAGGAGAUGCUUGGAAAUCCGUCAGGACAAAAGAGAGCUGAGGGAAAUCAAUCAAAGAAUGGAAGGAAAGAAUCCUCUACUUCUCUGGGUGCUGAUGACCUUGAACUUCUGAACCCAGAAUAUCACCAAAGAAAGCAACUAAAAAAGUGUCCCGUCUUUGGGGAAAUGAUCAAAGAUAAAUCAGUACUAAAUAGAUACCACAGAACCCCCACGGGGGUGAAACUAUAUGAUUGCAUGAAGUGUGGGAAGAGCUUUAGAGAUAGGGGAACUCUCACUAGACACUGCAAAACCCACACAGGGGAGAAACCAUACAAGUGCAUGGAGUGUGGAAAGAGCUUUAGAGAUAGGGGUAGUCUUACUGAACACAAAAGAACUCACACAGGGGAGAGACCAUAUAAAUGCUUGGAAUGUGGGAAAAGCUUCAGUGCAAAUGGAAACCUUAAAGCACAUAAAAGAAUCCACACGGGGGAGAAACCAUAUAAGUGCAUGGAGUGUGGAAAGAGCUUCAGAAACAGUGGAACUCUUAGUGAGCAUGAAAGAACUCACACAGGGGAGAAACCAUAUAAAUGCUUGGUAUGUGGAAAAAGCUUCAGCGUGAGUGGAAGCCUUAAAACACAUGAAAGAAAGCAUACGGGGGAGAAACCAUACAUAUGUAUGGAAUGUGGAAAGAGCUUCCGUGACAGUGGGAAUCUUGUCAUACAUGCAAGAACCCACACAGGAAUGAGACCGUAUAAGUGUGAAGAGUGUGGAAAAAGUUUUAGUGUGAAUGGAAGUCUUACUAAACAUAAAAGAAUCCACACAGGCGAGAAACCAUAUAAAUGUAUGGCCUGUGGAAAGAGCUUCCGUGAUGGUGGAACUCUUAGAAAACAUGAAAGAACCCACAUGAAUGUAUAGACUAGAAAAAGUUCAACACUGGUAGAAGCUUUUGAGGGGGAUUCCCCAUCUAAGAGAAAAACCAUAUAAAUGCAGAGUUUGUGGAAAUACUUCUGUUCAGAAAAGCCUUGCUUCACAUCAGAGAACCCCCAUAGGGAAACCAGAAAAAUGCAUGCUGCAUUGAAAGAACUUGAGAAACAAAUGUUUAAUACACUUUAAAAAAAAAAUACAUGGCAGAAAGUUAUCUAAGUUACAUUUCUCACACCUGGGUUAGGAGCUAGGUUGUCAUCUGAAGUGAUAGAUAUUCUCUUGUCAGAAUGGACGCAUCUGGUGAGGCUACUGGUUCAGUGUUAAUUUAUAUAGUCCCAUAGUAUUCUUAUAAGCUCUUUAAUUUAGACACACACACAUAUGUAUAUGGACAGUAAUAUAAACAGUAAAAAGCAUUAAAGAGUCCUUCAGAUCUUCCUAAUCUCUUUUUCAUUCUUCAAGUAAAAUAUGGCCAGGCCACAUUUUGAAUCCAUGGCAAAAACUCACAAAUUCAGUGUUGGCAAACCUUUCCCGCUCACUCCAUUUGCUUGCUGAACUUCAGGUUGGCUACUAGAUUUCUCUCUCUCUCAUUUUGGAGCCCAGCUGACCUUCCACCCUCUCUUUCAGAGAGUUUCAAACUGGUUUUUUGCCAUUUCCCUCUGAACCAGUCCUUUUGGGUAUGGGGCUUCAGGAAUAAUUUUGAUCAGACUUAGCUUUUUGUAGCUUUUAGCAUGAAAUAAGAAGAGUGUCUCUGUGUGUAUACAUAUAUAAUUUGUCCUCCCCAUCUAAGCUCUUUGGAUCCUAGAUUCACCUCUUAAAUCUCCAAAGAAUGCACAGAACCUUUCAAACUCCUGCUUACAAAGGCAGUUAUAAAAUUCAUGUCUAACGUUUUUUAAAAAGUGACUGAAUAGUGGAAAUGUAGCAGGGCCACUGAUCGGCUUGACCUGUUGGGAGUAAUUUAGUAAAUGAAAUCAUUACUAGUUUGUAUACCAUAUGGCUUCUAAUAGACAUUUUAUUCAGUGCUUCAAAAUUUCCUUCUAUUUCAGUAUAAUUAUUGUGUUCUUCAUAUUUUGUGUCCUGUGUAAUUCUUGUAUCCUAUUUCCCCCCCUUGCAUUCAGUUUCCCUUUCCCAGGAUUCCUUUUUUGUGCAACGUGCAUAUCACUGUUUUUGAUAAUAUUAUUAUGUAGAUGUGCUUCAUAAACUGAAAUUCACUUAUCUCCUGCUAUUGUAGUUUAAAUACAUUAUUCAAGCUGAUUUCAGCUUCUGGUCAGAAACCUUCCUGUGGACUGGGGCAGAUUAAGGAUCUGACUGUCAGAUGUCACCAAGCCUAAUGGUGUUUCUGCUGACCACAUGCUAUAGACCUGAACUUGUGUAUGGGGAGUGAUAUUUUGAGAUCUUUGGCCCAGAGUUGUGACAUGCCAUGCCACAGGAAGUUGCACUGUACAUCUAUACUGGUGUAUUAGGGUGUUUUGAAUUUUUCAGCUUUCCACUUCAAAAAAUGAGGGAUGCUAAAAAGUUGUAACAUGACUUGAGAAUUCAAAAGAUAUUUUGGUUAAUUUGAUAUAAUUUGCUUGGUAAGCAAAAUGUGUAAAAUUGCAUAGAAAUCAUUAAAAAUGAUUGCUAAGUA